ACUGGUUUAUUUCUUAGUAAUUAUAAUCUAGGAACAUGUUUCAGUUGCAGCUAGAACUUAAAUCCGUAAACAAUGUAUCAAAACCGUGUAUUAUUAUUGUUUCUAAUAGUAACAAUCACAAUUGUUUUUGCUUUAAGUGAUACUAAUGAUUCUUGUAAUCAUGCAAAUUGCAAUCAGAAACGAAAAGUUGGAGAAAUCAGUCAUCAAAGUGAAUAUGUGGAACGAAAACGUAAAAUUGGAGACAUUAGCAAAGAAAUGUGUAAUAAGGAACCAAGAUUUAUUAAAUUUGACGUUUUUGAAGCCAGAAAAGUAAAACCUGGAUUCGAAGAGAUGCAAAGAAAACUAAGAGAAAAAAGACAACAAAAUGGAGAAAAUAUAGGAGGCAGAGGUGGUAUUGGGGGAGAAAACACCGAAUGGAAUAAAUAUACUCAUAUGGCUGCUUUGGGUUACGGUGAAUGGAAGAAUGUAAAAUGGGGAUGUGGUGGUACUUUAAUCAGCGAUACAUUUGUUAUGACUGCUGCGCAUUGUAUUGACACAAUAUUAGGUCGACUAAAGUAUAUCCGCUUAGACGAUAUAAAUCCAGCAAUGAACGAUAAUUACUCCUACCCUCAAGAUUUCAACGCAUUGCAGAUUUUUGUCCAUCCGGGUUACAAUCCUCCAUCGGCAUAUCAUGACAUUGCCUUAGUAGAAUUAGAUCACCCGGUUGAUCGACUAGGAAACAAUAUUAUACCUGCUUGCCUGCAAGUUGAACAAAACAUUGCAGAUCCGAAAUGGUCCGCACUUGGAUGGGGUGAAACUAGUUACAAUGGUCCAACUGCUGAUCAUUUACAGCUGAUGCAGUUACAAGAAGCUGAUUUCACCGUGUGCAAGAACGCGUAUUUGAAUGCUGGAGAAAGAAGAUUGGAACAUGGUGUUGAUAACGAUUCUCAGAUGUGUGCUGGAAAGGGAGAUGUGGAUACAUGUUCGGGAGAUUCAGGUGGUCCUCUUCAAAUACCUAAUAAAAUGAACGAUACAGGGUUCACAGUGAUUGGGAUUACUUCAUUCGGGAAAAAAUGUGGACUCACAACUAAACCAAGCGUUUACACACGAGUUUCAUAUUAUAUUGAGUGGAUUGAAUCAAUUGUUUGGCCGCAGUGAAAUUUUAUAUACUCCAUCCCUAUUAAUAUUAUAAAUGCGAAAGUCCUGAUGUUUGUUACACUUUCACGCAAAAACUACUUAACCAAUCAUCAUGACAAUUUGUACACAUAUUCUUAGUGGUCUCCGAAUGGUUAUAGGCCACUUUUUAUUUAAUAAAAAAAUUAUUAUUUAAAUAUAAUAAAGAAAUUGUUUAGCCAA